AUGGCAUGUUUACCUGCUCUGAUUGCGGAUGUGACGAGUGCUAAGUCUUUAAAGCGCAAAGCGGUUGUGGCCUUGGUCCGAGCAGGCGACCUUGUCAAGUUACAACGACGACGUUCAACGUUUUAUCGUGUGGAAGACAAGAUAGCAAAGGUUUUGGCAGGAGAUUUGAUCAAGUCUUUUGCUGGUAUACCGUCGAUUCUUGCCUAUCUACAAUACCUUAAUGGCAACGACGGUCGUCCCGUUCCUAACUCUGGAUCUGGAAAUAAGCUUAGUGGAUCGGACGCUGAUAGUGUGAUGACAGAUAAUUACAACUCCGAGGAGUGGCGGGCUCUUCCUCUGACAUCUGCCCCGUUCAAUGCAUUGUACUCGAUUGCAGUGGUCGGUGGAACGUAA